AUGGCUAUCCUUCGGACUUGUACUGCACUUGCAUGCAUUGCCGCUGCCGCUUCGGCCAGACAACUUCCCCUUGUUGCGGACGACAACUAUCCUGCAUAUGUACCACUUCCACCAUCAUCCAACAUUAGCAAUGGAACCGCCAUCGACACCAAAAAGCUUCAAGCGGACAUUGACAUCAAGAAGCUGGUCGCUCGUGCUGAAGACCUCGCCAAGAUUGCCGAGGCCAGCAUUCCCGAAUAUAACCAUCCAACCAGAGUGAUUGGCAGCCAGGGUGAGCAUGUUUCCAUUGAUCUGUCCAUGCCUAAUUCUGACUUCCAUCCAGGCCACCUUGGUACCGUCGACUACAUCUACUCCGAGAUUUCCAAGUUGGGCGACUACUACAACAUCACGAACCAGACUUUCCCGGCUGUUAGUGGUAAUGUCAUCGAGUCUCGUCUCGUGAUCGGAUACGACGUCCCCAAGUCUGCCGAGCCCUUUUCUCUCACUCCGGCUACCAAGCGUCAUGAGCCUGUCUAUGGUAACCUUCAUCUGGUUCCUAACGGAGGAUGCUCGGCCAGCGACUUCCCUCGCAACAUGACCGGCCAGAUUGCACUGAUCAAGCGUGGUACCUGUUCGUUCAGUGAUAAGUCAGCCAAUGCUGGCAGAGCUCUUGCUGAUGCUGCCAUCAUCUACAACAAUGAGAACAGCACUCUCUCCGGCACUCUCGGGACGCCGUUGCCCGACCACAUCGCCACUAUUGGUCUUUCAGCCGCCGAUGCAGCACCUUACGUUGCCAGACUCCUGAAUUCUACCAGAAAGCUGGAUGCCAUCGUCUACAUUGACGCCACUGUCGACGAGAUCAUGACUACCAACGUCAUCGCUCAGACUACUGCCGGUGAUCCCGAGAACUGUGUCAUGCUCGGCGGUCACAGUGACAGUGUUGCUCCUGGUCCUGGUAUCAACGACGAUGGCUCUGGUACCAUCUCUCUCAUCGAGGUCGCCACUCAACUCACCAAGUACGACGUCAACAACUGUGUUCGUUUCGCUUGGUGGGCCGCUGAAGAGGAAGGUCUGCUCGGGUCUGACUACUACGCCACACAUCUCUCUGCUGCCGAGAACCAGAAGAUCCGUCUCUUCAUGGACUACGAUAUGAUGUCGUCGCCUAAUGGCGUAUAUCAGAUCUACAACGCCACCAACGAAGAGAACCCCAACGGCUCAGGUGAGCUUCGUGAACUUUACGAAAACUGGUACGAGGAGAAUGGUCACAACUACACUUUCAUCACCUUCGAUGGCAGAAGCGAUUACGCUGGAUUCCUCACAGCCGGUAUCCCAAGCGGUGGUAUUGCCACUGGCGCAGAGGGUAUCAAGAGCAAGAAAGAAGCCAGCAUUUUCGGUGGUGAAGCUGGAGCACAGUAUGAUCCUUGCUACCACCAGCUCUGCGACGACAUCAACAACCUGGACUUGACUGCUUGGGAAGUCAACACCAAGCUCAUCGCCCACUCUGUUGCCACUUAUGCCAAGUCGUUUGAUGGCUUCCCCAAGCGUACCGCUGCCAUUUCCGAGAGAUCGCUGGCGGACUCGAAGAAGGGCACGCCUUUGUUCAAGUACAAGGGCAACGAGCUCAUCAUGUAG